CUCACAGGCGAACUGGCUGCGUAUGUAUGCGUGUCUCCAGCUAGGCCAGAGAGUGAUGGCGGCGCCCGUCCUGAGAGUGUCCACCCCUCGGUGGGAGAGAAUAGCGAGGCUCCUCGUCUGCCUGCUGGGCAUACUGCUGUCUCUAUAUGCUUUUCACGUCGAGAGGGAAAAGGCACGGGAUCCGAGUUAUAAGGCGAUGUGCGAUGUCAGCAGCUCCAUCAGCUGUUCAAAAGUGUUCAGCUCAAGGUGGGGUCGAGGAUUUGGACUCUUGGGCUCAAUCUUUGGAAACGACAGCGCACUGAACCAACCCAACAGUGUCUAUGGGAUCGUCUUUUAUGCCUUUCAGCUUCUACUAGGAAUGACUGUCAGUGCAAUGGCCGCCCUUAUUCUCAUGACGACAUCCAUCUUGUCGGUGGUGGGUUCGCUCUACCUGGGCUACAUCCUCUACUUUGUCCUAAAGGACUUCUGCAUCAUCUGCGUCACCACAUAUGCGCUGAACUUCAUUCUCUUUAUCCUCAACUACAAGCGACUGGUUUACUUGAACGAGGCCUGGAAGCAGCAGCUCCAGGCCAAGCAGGACUAAGCUGCCGAAGAACGGCAAGAAAAAUACGACAAACAAACAAACAAAAAAAAGAGAAAUGUGACCUCUGAACAUUUGACUUGCCACCAGGAGACCUUGCUUCCAAACAAUGUUUAUUCUGCUGUGUGUUCAAAAAACAAAAAAAAUGAAGAAAUUUAACUUAAAUGUUGGGCCUGACAUCUCAAUGUUGAUUGCAAACACGGAAGGAUUUGUAAGUGAAAGGUGAUUUUUUUUUUUUUUCUUUGAAUUUCUUUGUCCUUGUUUAACAUUGUACUCACUUAAGGAAGGGAGCUGGUUGUGUGUGUGUUUGAGGGAAACACAACAACCCGAGCAAGCAGAGGCAGAAGGCCACAAUACACAGCGAUGGAGGACAGCUCUCAGUCGAACAAAAAGGAUCGUGGAACGGAAGAAAAAAAACAAAAACGGGACAUUUGAAGAGGUUGAAAUGGUUAGAGAGCUCCUAUCACUGCACAGCGCAUCUGCACUAAAACUCGGAGCCGAAUAAAGGGUCCCAAAAUUAGAAAAAAAACAACACUCAUUAGGUUAUCUCACAGUUUGCGGACAAGGCUGAGAAGGGGGGCGAUGAAAUUAUUAACAUUUCUACAGGAUAGUUUUUUUUUUUUGUUUUCCAUGUUUACACUUUGUAGUACGUUUCUUUUUGAAGAGGACCACUAAAAAUCCAGACGGGACAGUGUGAGAUAUUGUGUGUAGAUCAGUCAGAUUGUUUGUUUUUGCAAUUCUGUAAAUAGCUGCUGAGCAAUAUUCCAGGCUAGAUUGUGAUUUUUUUAGUGUUGACACCAACCUUUAAGGAAAAAUUUUAAAAACAACCAACGAGAAAACAGGAGUAAAUCUGGAACAAAAAAAAAAAAAAGUGAUGGAGGAGGUCACAGGUGGGUGGACGCGCUCGGGACGCCUCCCGUCCUGUAAUCCUGGUCAGGCAUGCAGUUCAGACGUGUGUGGAUUUCUUUGUUCUAAGUGGUUGUUGUUUCAUCCGAAGCCACAGACACAAGUCCUUCAAAGAGAACUGCAGGUUCUUUUCACCAAGUUCGCAUAAAGGCACCCUCACUCUUAUUUUUGUUAUUGUGUGAAGAGCAUUCCUGACCACCACACAAGUGGGAUCCAUAAAGACUUAUGUGCCUAAAGGAGUGUUAAGGUGAAUUACCUUUUUGUUUUGUUUUGUUUCUUUUGGGUGUGGGCGGGUAAUGUCAUGUUAACACCACAUUUUUUUUUUUUUCCUCAUUGUUUUAUUGUCACAGGUCCAAGGCUUUAUUUUUAUGAUCAUAAUUUUGUAAAUUAAGAUACCAGUGAAGUGUUUCUCCCUCCCUAAUAGUCUCAUGAGGUAGCAAAAGGCUGCUACACUGUGAUUGUCUGCUCAAGGGUAGAGCGGCCUGGUGGCAGAAGCGUCUCUUAUCUCGCUGUUUGGGUUUAUGUUCAUCUGGCUUCUGUAUACGUUUGAUGUCAACUGAACAGUAACGGUGAUCUUGCCAAGCUGAGUUACAGUUCAUUUGCAGGACGUGAACAAAACAUGGGAAAUGUAAACGCUGUGUUGACAGCUGAAACGGAACAAGGUGUGAGGAAACUAAACGGUGUGUUAAGCCAUAUGUGGAGUCCGGGGGGGGGGGGUUCUUUUGCUCCAGCAGGAACGAUCCAGGUUGCUAAUACACUAAGUGGUUGAUCUAACAUGACGAGGUUUGAGCCGAGAUACAUCACUGUUUGGAUAAAAGGACCCGUAUAGAAGUGGCAGUAGGACUGUGGUCUCUGUUCCAUCCAGUGUCCUACUGGUCACGUGCAUGGUACACUAUCUCCUGGCUUUAAGCAUCAUGUUGGCCAUCGGACAAUCUUACCGUCAAAGAUCUGUCGCAGUAUUAACUGUAAUGAAGUGAUUCAUCUGUGGUGAUAAACCAGCUUGUUAAUAGUUUCUAUCACUGCUAGUCUCCAUCUUCUUUUAGUAGAAUUCAGGUUUUCCUGGACAGCUGUUUCAUGGGGAGUCUUCGAGUGUGGAUGCUAGCCGCUGUCAGCAAAGUGAUUUCAGUCAUGUGCUUCUGACCAUAAAUUCUGGAAUCAUCAGUUUUGUAAAAUCAUUUCUGGUCUUGCCCGUGGUGACCCAUUUUCUAUGUGUCAUCAAUUUACACCAAUGAGCCACAACAUCACAGCCACCUGCCUAUUAUCAUGAAGGUCUCCUCGUGCUGUCAAAACAGCUCUGAGCCACCGAGUCAUGGACCUCGAAGAGCGUCUGCGCUACCUGGAACUGGAAUAUUAGCAGCAGAUCCUUUGGGUGCUGUGGGUGGCAGGGCGGGGCCUCCCUGGAUCAAGCUUGUUUCGGCGCAUCUUGUGGAUGCUUAUUGACCUGGGCUCUGGAGAGUUUGAAGGCCAGGCCAACACUUUAAGCUCUUGGUCAUGCUCCUCGAGCUGGUCCUGGGCACUUAGUUUCCACGGUGUGGCAGGACACAGUGUUCUGCUGGGACAGUGCUGCUGCCACGUGGUCUGCAGCAAUGUUUAGGUUGGAGAUAUUUGUCAAAAUAACAUCCACAUGAACGCCAGGAUCCCAGGUUUUGAACAAGAUGAUCCAUGUUAUUUAUUUCCCCUGUCAGUGGUUCUGAUGCUGUGGCUGAUUGGUGUGCAGGCUGUUCACUGUUGACCAUUUUCCAAAGCAUACGUUGUGUAACAGUGAUAAUCGGUGGAUCCUUCACAGUAAAGCUCCAAUAUGCUGUUUACCAUGUCAAUAUUUGUCCUUUAUCUUUAAGUAAAUAAUGUCAGCCUGCGAGCUAAGUAUAGGCUUCAGCGUCACUCUGAUGGGUAGCAUCACUUCAUAGCACUCCACUGAUACAUCAGAACAAACUGGGUCUGAUUGUGGGAAUAAAAACAAAAACAAAAAAAAAAACAUUAGUAUUUAUGCAAUUAAUUAAUUUCCUACAAUGCAGCUCAGCUUGACUGACACAGAUUUGGGGGUGUUACAUUUGUCAUGGUAAUCUGUGAGUUCUCCUUUAAGCGCAUGUAAAGUUUCUGAAACUUGACUUCCAUGCCAUUUACUAUAGAACGGGAGCCGAUCACUGCCUGGAGUAGAACUUGUCCAGGGUUUCUCCAGGCUCAGAAUGGGCCUUUGUGGGGAGACGACACACGAUAGUAAAUAAGACUGACCAAAGGCUACGAGUAUUUGUUACCUUACUAGACAGGCACCUAUGCAUUUUUCUUAUUUAUGACAAUUUGAUAAACAGAUAUGCCUCUUAUGCUCGACUAAAUGAAACUCCACUUACCAAAACUAUGUUACAACAUUUAAAUUAUUCUUAUAUUUUUUUAUUCUAAGUUCUUAUUUUGAUAAUGGUGCAGGUUAAAUUCCAAUUCAGGAAAAGCCCGUUGCAUUUAAACACUGGUUUGCUUUGGAAAAUGGUCGCCGGUUAACAUGAUUGGGUAGUAAAGUGUCAAAAACAUCCAAGAACCGAUGGACUUGUUUAUCAAACCGCGGUCCUCAGUAGAACCACUCAACUGUUUGCAUCCCAUCUCAGCAGGUCUUCUGUAAGGACUCCCUUACACACAGUAUUGUCUCGUCCGGCUUACGUCAGGUUCUUUUUGAUCUCAGCUCGUAAUGAGAUUAACAACCACACACUGUUUUGUCUUUGUCCUGUUUCUGGGAAAGCCUGUGCACUCUUACAUAAGACAAGUCUCCUAUGGAUUCACUUGCACAAGUCAAAUUUUAUUUUUUUUUCUUUAGAGAAGUCAAACUGACAUAACUUGCUAUUUUUUUUUGGCAACAAGUAUGAGUCCUGUGAGUACUGACAUAGAACUGACAAGUAGGUAGCCUAUCGUUAUGUUCACGAUUCCAGUCAUAUGCAAGCCUAUUACACUAGUUGUGUGAAGUUACUUUAAAGAAAUGGGCGAGGAAUUUAGGUGUUAGGUCAAAAGUUUGUGAAAUCCUGAGAAGAGGAUGUUGUGUGAAGACUUAAUGUAAAAAAAAAAAAAAGAAGAAGGUGAAACUGAUCAAUACUACAUUCUCAUAAAUAUUCAUUUAGGCCCUGAGGUAUAACUGCCAUGUUAGUUGCAUCACCAAUGCCAACAAAAGUGCCUUCUGUUUGAUCACUAGGCCUUGAGCCAAAGACGAGCAACAGUAAUAGCCUUGUAAAAUGAAGAAUGGUAACUGCAACAGGCACUUGUGCUUGCCUUCCUUAACAUGUAACCUGAUAAAUUGGUAAAUCCCAAAGAUUUGAUGUCCGGUAUCAGUGCAAAAAUCCAUUCAGAAAUUGCCAGAUAAAAAUGCCCUGUCAAAUCAAUGGCCGUUCCUUUUUUUUUCCUUCCUGAACUCCACUAUAAUCAUCGUCUUUAUUUUGUCUAGUUCGUUAGCUACACUCUGUGCAAAUGAUACGAUUGUAAUGUUCUUUUUUUUUUUCUUCUCCAUCAUUAAUUAUGUCCCUUAGCUGUAUAGACUGUUAACAUUCUGGGUUAUUUUAGUAAAAAAAAAAAAGAAAAAAAAAGUCGAGGGUUGGAGGGCUAGGAAUCCAUGUGUCAGCAUAAAAUGUUUAUUAAAUUUCUUUGUGGAGGAAAACUUACUGGGUUUGCUUCUGUAUUGCCAAAUAUGUUUUAAAAUGCUGUAUUUUCUUACAUGGAAAAGUGUUACAUGAAUGGUAGGAGGGUGCGGGGAAAAAAAAAUCUGUUUAAAUCCAGCUUACCUUAAGGGAAAACUGUGGAAAAGGUUGACAUGAGAACAUUUUUAAUUGUGUCAUUGUCAUGUGGAAAUGAUCUACCAUUAAAACAUUCCCUCUGAAA